GAACUUCAGUAACGCUACCCAGAAAGGUCUGUGCUGGUCCAAAUGGCACACAUCCCACAAGUGGCGUCUUUCUUUCUCUUUCUGACUAAGCUCAGCAUUGGCCAGAGAGAAGUAACUGUUCAGAAAGGACCACUGUUCAGAGCUGAAGGUUACCCUGUCAGCAUUGGCUGCAGUGUAACUGGCCACCAGGGACCUUCUGAGCAGCAUUUCCAGUGGUCUGUUUACCUGCCAGCAGUGCCCACUCGAGAAGUCCGGAUCAUUAGCACCAUGGAUGCCACCUUCUCUUAUGCAGUGUAUGCGCAGCGGGUGCAAAGCAGGGGAAUCUACGUGGAGAGGGUUCAGGGCAACUCUGUCUUGUUGCACAUCUCAAAGCUCCAAAUGAAGGAUUCUGGCGAGUAUGAGUGUCACACACCGAGCACUGAUGAAAAGUACUAUGGGAGUUACAGUGCGAAGACCAAUCUCACUGUCAUUGCAGAUACCCUCUCUGCCUCCAUGAGCCCCCAGACUCUCACUAAGGAGGAAGGAGAGCCGUUGGAGCUUACCUGUGAGGCGGCCAAAGCCACAGCUCAGCACACCCACCUCUCUGUCACCUGGUACCUGGUGCAGGAUGGAGAAAAAAGCCACGCCGUCAAGAUUAUUUCCCUCUUGAGAGAUUUUAUGUUGGUCCCUGGGCCCUCGUAUGCAGAGAGGUUUGUAGCUGGUGAUGUGCGACUCGAUAAGCUUGGGGUCACCACCUUCAGGCUGUUCAUAAGGAGGCUCCGGCCCUCAGAUCAAGGUCAGCUGUUCUGUGAGGCAACUGAGUGGAUUCAGGAUCCAGAUGAAACCUGGACUUUGAUCACAAAAAAGCAGACAGAUGAAACAGCGCUGAGGAUCCAGCUGGCAGUGAAAGAUUUUCAAGUUAACAUCAUAGCUGAGAGUGCGUUUACUGAAGGGAAUUCCUUAGAACUGCUUUGCCUUGUGGUAGGCAGUGACCAGGCCCCACAGCUGCAGGGUAUUUGGUUCUUCAACGGUGUUGAAAUGGCCCACAUUGAUGCUGAUGGAGUUCUGAACCUGAAGGAAGACUACAAGGAGAGAGCAAGUCAAGGACGGCUCCAGGUUUCAAAGUUAAGCCCCAAGACUUUCUCUCUCAAGAUCUUCUCUGCAGGCCCAGAGGAGGAAGGUGCUUACAGAUGUGCAGUGGCUGAGGUGGCAAGAACUCAGAUGGGCUCCUGGCAGGUGCUCCAGAUGAAGCAGUCACCAGACAACCACAUGCAUCUAAGGAGGCUGGCAGUGAGAAGUGUGAUCGUGUCCACCAAGAACAAGCAGCAGGCAGUGUGGGAAGGAGAGGCCUUAACCCUUCUCUGCCAGGCAGAUGGAGAUGAAAGUCUUUUGUCUGUGAAUUGGUGGCACAUCCCCCAUGGCCAGACCCAGCCAGAGUUUGUGGCUGGUAUGAAGGCGGAUGGCACAGUGCAGCUCGGUGCUUCCUAUGGGGAGCUCAGUGACCAUGGCAACGCAAGGCUGGAGAAAAUGGACUGGGCCACCUUCCAGCUGGAGAUCUUCUCUGCCACCAUUGCAGACAGUGGCACCUAUGAGUGCAGGGUGUCUGAGGGGACCCGGAACCAGGCCACAGAUCUGAGCUGGACUCAGAAGAUGUCGGUCACUGUAAAAUCUCUGGAGUCAAGUUUGCAAGUUCAUCUGAUGAGCCGUCAACCACAAGUGAAAUUAACCAACACCUUUGACCUGUCUUGCCUUGUCAGGGCUGGCUUCUCUGACCUCAGGGUUCCACUCACUGUGACAUGGCAGUUCAAGCCAGCCGGAUCGCAAGUCUUCCAUCGGCUUAUUCGAAUCACCUAUAAUGGCACCAUUGAAUGGGGGGAUUUGCUAUCCCAGUUCCAAAAGAAGACGAAGGUUUCACAGUCUUCAUUUCAUUCUUACCUCCUAAUCCAUGAUGCCACUGAGGAAGAAGCGGGACUUUACCAGUGUAAAGUUGAAGUUUAUGACAGAAGGUCCCUGUGCACACAUGGCCCGGUGCGGGCUCUUGCCAUCUCUCACCCUCUCAGGAUAAACAUCACUUUACCAGAGAGCAAGCUAAAAGUGAAUUCAAGCCGUCAAGUCCAAGAACUCUCCAUCAACUCCAACACUGACAUAGAAUGUAGUAUCUUGUGCCAGUCCACUGGAAACCUUCAGUUAUCCAUUAUUUGGUACUUCUCUCCUAUUUCCACUAAUGCAUCCUGGCUGAGGAUCCUGGAAAUAGACCAAACCAAUGUUGUAAAAUAUGGGGAUGAAUUUCACACUCCACAAAGAAAACAAAAAUUCCACACCGAGAAAGUUUCCCAAGACUUGUUUCAGCUACACAUUCUGAAUAUGGAAGACAGCGAUCAGGGCAAAUAUUGCUGCGCCGUAGAGGAAUGGCUCUCAUCUACCAAUGGCACUUGGCACAAGCUUGGAGAAAAGAUGUCAGGCGUCACAGAAUUGAAACUCAGGCCGACAGGAAGUAAGGUACAUGUCUCCAAAGUGUACUGGACAGAAAAUGCUACUGAGCACAGAGAGGUGGACUUCUGCUGCAGGCUGGAGAGUUCUGGCAGAUCAGCCUCCCUUUUCUCUGUGAUAUGGUACUGGAACAGAGAAAAUUCUGGAAGCAAAAUGUUGGUGCACCUACAACAUGAUGGCUUGCUGGAGUACGGUGAAGAGGGGCUCAGCAGGCGCCUGCACUGUUACCAUUCAUCCCCUACAGACUUUGUUCUGAAGCUUCGUCAGGUGGAGAUGGAGGAUGCUGGCAUGUACUGGUGCAGGGUGACAGAGUGGCAGCUGCAUGGCAACCCAAGCAAGUGGGUCAACCAAGCAUCCGAUGAGUCCCAGCCUAUGGUGCUCACAGUGCUGCCUUCAGAGCCCACAUUUCCUUCCCGGAUCUGCUCAUCAGCACCUUUACUCUAUUUCCUGAUCAUCUGCCCCUGCAUUAUGUUCAUUCUUUUGCUCAUUUCACUCCUCUGCUUAUACUGGAAGACCAGGAAGUUGUCAACCCUGAGUCUGAACACACGGAGAGAAAAGGCUCUCUGGGUGGACUUGAAAGGCACUGAAGACCGGUCCACAAACAGGAGGGAAGAGGAGGAGGAAGAAGAUGACCACUGAGUCCUGAGAGGUGCCUGCCACCCCAUGAAUGAGCUCGGGUUUGCAGUUGGACAGGCCCGGAUGUGAAUCUGUCUGUGGCCUCGGGCAAGUUUCCUAGGAGUCAGAUGGAACAUCUGUUGAGUGUGUAUGCAGUUCCUGGCACUGUGACGUGUUUCUCUGUGGAUUACUUCAUCUACCCCUCCAGUUCCCCCAUGAACUAGAAGACACCAUUACCCCGUUUUACAUUGGCCACACCUUGCAGAGGUUCAGGGCCCCCAUCUGUAUGGAGAGAAGUGCCUCCCUCAAGCAGCCUCUUGGCAGUUAAAGGCCCUCCUGAGGCAAAGCCAGGGUAGGCUUCCCUUUGCUCUCCUCUCUUACGUCACUGGCUCCCUGGAAACAUUCGCAGACGUCCAGUCACAACACUGGCUCUUAAGGAAUCUUUUGUCUCCAUGUAAGAGGUGGAAGUAGGGGCCUGAUGUCAGGGCAAAAGGAAGUGGGAACAUGUCCGUCACUUACAUGAAAUCUGCAACCCGACAAGGAUGUGACUUCCUUCAAGGCAGAAAUCCCAUUGUUUUCCUCCAUCCCAUCUAUAAAUGCCACUCAUAGUAGGUGCUUAGUCAGUAUUGGUUCUUGGAUGAAAUGGUAACAUAUUCUGUAGCGUGGUUUCUUUUUUUCCUUUUCUCUUUAAGACUUAUUACCGCAUUGCUAAGGUUUUUUUUUUUUUUAUUUCAUAGCAGUGCUCCAGUCAAGCCCCCGAGGCUUUCUGUCUCCCCUUCCCCCUGGCUUCUGGUUCUUAGCCUUAUUUGGUCUGACAGCCCCAGGUGGUAGGAAAGGCUGUUGUGGCAGUUAUUUGAGGGAGAAGGGAUGAACAGUGCACCACCCCCUUCCGCUCCAGCAGAGACUGAGUGCUGGGGGAGCCGUGGCUCAAGUCCAAUUUCUCAGGAUCCCCUAUUCUCAACCAGAAGUCUGGGGUAGAGCUGGGGAAUGUCAUGGCUGAAGGCUUUCACCACCUGUCUUCUUGCAGAUUUCAUGUAACAACUGUGCCCACUGGGCCUGAGGUCUCCUUUGUUUCAAAAGCUGCUCAGGCCCUGUUGUAGCCAGAAUUGGAAAUCAAUCAGUGCCACCUAACAGACUUGAGAAAACACAUCUAUUUAUUGUCUAUGUGACCAACAAGGUUGCUUUAGCACUCGGUCAUUUGCAUUUCCAGGGAGAGCAAUUUAUUUUUAAUUAUUUUAUCAGUUGUACAUGUCCUCUGCAAACAUAAUUAGUUCUUCUGCAAGGUGAUUAUUGGUGGCUAUGAGAACUCCCACUGUAAACCUACCAGUCCCUUAAAUUCAUCUCCCUUUAUAGCCUCAUUUGAAAUACUUCAAAUGUUUCCUUAAACAUGUCAACACAUUUGUUUCUUCUCUCUGGUAAAGGAGCAUAUUUUUCAUAAACAAAGCUAAAGUUAAGACUUCUUAGAAAGUAUGAUAUUCUCCACACACACACCCUUCGCCACUUUUUCCAGAAACCUGCAUUUUAAUUGGGAUAUUAAAGGGAAAGAGAGCAGAACUGAGUCCCAUCAGAGAAUCAGAGCAGUUCUGGUGCCGCCCCUGCCGGGGGUACUGUCCUGCAACCCCUCUUCUCCUCUUUACCCCCGCCUUUCAGCUCUUAGCUCAAAUACCAGUUCUUCACAUUUGAAUCCAGCACAGAGCAGACACUCCAGUAUCUACCUGCUGCUCCACCCAAGCAGAGCGUAGGAGUGAUUAUUCCCCGGCAAACACCUCCUACAUGUCUGUGUUGGGGUGGGUGUGACAGAGCGGUGGUGACUCAGGCAGACACAGACCCGCUCCCCUGCGAUCAUCACCUUGUUUGCUCUGGGUGCUCUGCUUUCAUUAAUGAAAUCUAGAACCAUGUUAGAUUUUUUUAAGAAACCACAUUGCGCUGUUUGGCCCAGAAAUAACUAUUUUUUCCUUCUCACACUUCUAGAAUAAAAUGUAUUUGUGCCCAAUUCA